AUGCAUGGUAUACCUCUGCCAGAAGGAAAAACAGCAUCAGAAAAAAAACUUAUUAGCAAAGUCCGUGGCCAACUCGGUCUGCCGCCUGAACCCAAAACACCGUCCGAAAAAGAAAAAUUUGCAAAAGCGCAUGCUGCUGGCCUUAUAGUACCCUUAGAAGGAAAAUCACCUGAAAGAGAAAAUCUUGCGAGGACCACCUUCAGAAAGGUUAAGAAAAGCCAAAGCGGCAGGAUUAGUAACUCCACUAGAAAAAAACACCUGAACAAAAGAAAAAUUGUGAAGGGUUUAGCGAUGCACGGCGUACCACUACCUGAAGCCAAAACACCCUCUGAAAAAAAAAUGUUUGAUAAAUUACGCACUGACCUCGGUCUUCCACCUGAGCCAAUGACACCCGAAGAUAAAGAAAAUUAUGCGCGUGCUCAAGCUGCAGGUCUCUUUGUGCCCUUAGAAGCUAAAACACCGGCUGAAAAAAAAAUAAUGGAUAAAGUGCGCGCUGAUCUUGGUCUACCACCAACACCCAAAACAGCAGCAGAUAAGGAAAGAUAUGGCAAAGCGGCUGCUGCAGGUAUUUUAGUUCCACUAGAAGGCAAGACUCCACAGGAAAAAGAAAAGAUUCUUAGAGCUCAAGCUGAAAUGGGAAUACCGCUUCCAGAAGGGCGGACGCCAUCUGAAAAAGCUAUGAUCCAAACUAUAAAAGCAACUGUCCCGAAGAGAAAAUCUAUUAGGCCUCUGUUGCCACCUGACGAAGCAAAAACUGCACCAUCGCCAAGUCUUGAAGGCAAAAGUCCGGCAGAAAAAGAGAAAAUUUUAAGAAGCUUAGCGAGACAACGCUCGCUACCGGAAGGAAAGACCCCAUCAGAGAAAGCAAUAAUUCAGAAAGUUCGUGCCGAUAUAGGGCUACGUCCGCCGUACAGUGGCUUGCCGUCAGAAAAAAUUAGAAAAGCGAAAGCAGCUGGUCUGUUGACGCCACUAGAAGAACCAAAAACUCCGUCUAUGCGGGAAAAGCAUAGACAAGCUUAUGCAGACGGAAUUAUGACACCAUUGGAAGGCAAGCCCCCUGCUGAGAAGGAAAAGAUAUUAAAACGAAUGCAUGAUGCUGGCAUAACGUUGCCAGAAGGAAAAACACCAUCCGAAAAAGAACUGGACGUUACGGGUUUGGUGGACGAGAUCAUCUCGCAAAAGCUUGUGUCUGAUACGUCAUCGAUCUUCGUGGUUGUGCCGGCGACUGAGAAGGACCCAGCCGAGACACGAUUUAGCUCUACGAUAUGCAUCGAGAUGUCUGAAUAUGCACAUAAAUGGAACAAUGGAGUCGUUAUACGAGAUGUCU